ACGCAUAUAAACAAACAGAAGUUUGUGUGCAUAUUUGAACACAAUAAAAACUUUUGGUAGUGAAAAAAGUUGGGGGAAAACAUACAACUACAAAAUUUGCUCAUGAGAACCAGUAAAUUGAGACAAGAAUCAGACGAGGAUGAGGUCCAGAUCUCUGAUGUCUCAGAUUAUUGUCCGGCAGGCUUCACGGAUUCCUCAUCUAAGCAAAAGAAGAGGAGGAAGAAUGUGGGGCAAAUAGAUAACAAGAAAAAGGUUGUUUCAAGAAAGCUCAAGUCUAAAGAUAUACAAGCAUCAGCCAGUCCCAAGAAAUCAAAAAGCAGCAUUGCACGAAAGAGGACCAGGUUUGCCGACCUAUACGAUAAUAUCGAAGCUCAGUAUUCUGUAGUGGAGCGAGCAGAAAGAGUGGGAGAACAUUUGGAAAACGAACUACCUCAUUUUGUGAAGUAUAUGCUCCCAUCAAAUGUUGCACAUGGAUUUUGGCUGCAUCUACCGAAGAAUUUUUGCAGUAAAUAUUUGCCCAAACAUGAUACAUCGAUUGUGUUGGUGGAUGAAUGGGGAAAUGAAUACAUAACAUCUUACCUUAUCGAUAGGCAUGGGUUGAGUGCUGGAUGGAGGGGCUUUUCCAUAUCGCACAUGUUGCUGAAAGGAGAUAUACUGUUUUUCCAUAUGACUGCGCCUUGCAAAUUUAAGGUACACAUUGUGAGAGUACACGAUGCAGAUGUUGUAAGUGCAGCACUCUGUCUCAUGGAUAUGGAUGCUUCUGCUAGAGGAAGCAGCAAUGAAGUUCUCUCGAAGACAGACAAGAGGAGGGGGAGGAAGCGCAGAAAGACAGAGUACGUGGAGCCUUAUCAGCUAGACAUUGCUUCUCCAGUGGAGAACUUUAAAGGCAAAAACUCGAUCCUUAGCCCUGUGGCAGAUCAUAGCAGCAACCCUUUUAGCUCGGACAUGGUUGAAAAAGGUCCUGAAAUCACAAAUCAGCACCAAACGAAUGACCUCUGCUAUCCCGAGACAUCUUUUUUACGCGAUCAUGCUCGUGAGGGCGUCACUUGUAGAUAGCUGUGCAAAGUCUCGAGGUUGGUUGUAGGCAGUAUGAGUUUUUGAGUGGAUCCAGGACAUAUAUAGAUGCUUCAAACUUCGAUUUACAACGUGGGGAUGGUGAGGUGGAAGAUGCAAAUAUUUGAAGAUAUUGUGGAAAUGUAGAAAUUCUGAUAGAAGGCCUUGAAUAUAUACUGACUCCGACGUCCAAAGGUAAAAAAGAAAUUAAAUAUAUUUAGUUUGAUAUAUGCUUCUUAGGUACAUGAUGUUCAUACAGACGCUUCAUUAUCAUGGUCUUGUCUUCAAGCAUUUUGGAAUUUAGUGUAAUGUUUGAAACUUGGGAAGUUAUGGAAUCCCGAACGUAUGUUCCAGUAGCUAAAAGAACUACAGUUUGAGUUUUACAAUUCACAGUUGUUUUGGAUGUAGUAA